AUGGCGAAUUACAUGAGUAAUCACAGUAGUAAUCAUCAACUGCAUCAUUCCCUCGACCAGGACUCUCAGACUAGCAUUCUUGCCAGCUGCUACACCGUGGAGCCGUCAACCUCCAAGGUUCACGGCUUCCACUACUGCACUACGCUGGGGGCCGGGUCUAAAUCACCGCUUCGAAGUCCUCCCCUUGAGCUCCCCGCAUCCGGCGCGGAGAGCAGCUGGCCCGGGAACCACUGGCCAGGAUCCAAAGGGGAGGCAGCGCAUACCAUCCCGGAAGAGUGUGAGAGGCUCUUCUGUGACAAACUGACCGCGACAUUUCUUGGUGAGGGGAGUUUCGCGCGACAGGAGUCACUGGGGAUGGAUGCGUUCCACAACAUCCAGCACCAUGACCGAGUUCUGAAAUGGAUUGAAGUAUGGGACUACUUUGGGGAUGCGAUCUAUCGGGGGUUCGUGACCGAAACGGAUGGCGAGAGGACGCUAUUUGUAUUCCUGGAGGAGAAUGCAUUGGGCCAGGGCCUCAAGUCGGGACUGAUCGCGCUCUUUGAACUGGCGGGAAUGUCGAGCUUUGGGUGCUCCCAAAUUGUUGCCUGUGUCAGUCGUUCACAACAUGCCACCGAAAUGGAGUUGGUUCGGAAUCUGGGAUGGUGCGGGUUCAGCCUGACGACGCUGGAGCCCUGGACCUCCGGGGCCGAUGUCAGCAGCAAGUGGCUUUUCUUGGGGGCCGAGGUAUAA